UGAAGGGUGUCAUCUUUGCCUUCCAGCAGGCAGGAUGGGCCACACGGAGAGGGCAUGAAGAGGUGAAGAAUUGGCCAGGAUGACCACCAACUCUUCCUCGGCGUCCACCACAUCCUCCACCACCACGGUCGAGGGGUCCCUGCUGCUGCUGUGCGAGGAAGAAGAGGGGGCGUGGGCAGGCCGCCGCAUCCCUGUGUCCUUGUUGUAUUCGGGACUGGCCAUUGGAGGCACGCUGGCCAACGGCAUGGUCAUCUACCUGGUGUCCUCCUUUCGCAAGCUGCAGACCACCAGCAACGCCUUCAUUGUCAACGGCUGUGCUGCAGACCUGAGCGUGUGCGCUCUCUGGAUGCCCCAGGAGGCUGUGUUGGGGUUGCUGCCCGCGGGUACCCAAGAACCUCCAGGACAGUGGGACGGGGCUGCAGGGAGCUACAGAUUGCUCCGGGGUGGGCUGCUAGGGCUAGGACUCACCGUGUCCUUGCUGUCGCAUUGCCUGGUAGCUCUGAACCGUUAUCUUCUCAUCACCAGGACGCCUGCCACCUACCAGGCGCUGUACCAGAAGAGCCACACGGUGGGCAUGCUGGCAUUAUCCUGGGCGCUGGCUUUGGGGUUGGUGUUGCUGCUGCCCCCCUGGGCACCCCGAUUGGAACUGGCACCCCCGAGCGUGCAUUACCCGGCUCUGCUGGCUGCUGCUGCGCUGUUGGCACAGACAGUUUUGCUCUUGCAUUGCUACUUGGGCAUCAUGCGGCGGGUCCGGGGCAGCGUGAAAAGGGUCAGCGUGCUCAAUUUCCACCUUUUGCACCAGUUGCCGGGGUGUGCAGCGGCGGCGGCGGCUUUCCCGGGGCGCCCGCCCGCGUACCCCGCAACCACGCAGGUGGCACAGCCCAGCUUGCCUUUGCACCCGCGCAGGGCGCAGAGGCGACUCAGCGGGCUGUCGGUGUUGCUGUUGUGUUGUGUGUUCUUGCUGGCCACGCAGCCCCUGGUGUGGGUGAGCGUGCUGAGGGGCUUCUCCUUGCCCGUGCCUUGGGGGGUGCAGGCGGCUGGCUGGCUGCUCUGCUGCGCGCUCUCUGCGCUCAACCCUUUGCUCUACACUUGGAGGAACGAGGAGUUCCGCCGCUCCGUGCGCUCCGUGCUGCCCGGGGGUCUUGGCGAUGCUGCGGCUGCUGCCGUGGCUGCCACGGCGGUCACGGCUGUGUCCCAGGCGCAGCUGGGCACCCGGGCCGCUGGCCAGCACUGGUGA